AUAUCAAUUCAAUCUCCAAACACACACAUAAUCACGAAUUUAUAGCUUUGAUCUUUCGUUGCUUGACACUUCGAUUAAAAUGGAGGCUUCCUCUUCUCGUACAGUAGAAAUCACAGUCUUGUCUGGGGAAAAUCUCCGUCUGGAUAAGAAACAGGUGAAAAAGAACACAUUCGUCGUCGUCCAAACCGAUCUUUUCAACUGUCAUACAACAAGAAUCGAUACAGUCGGAGGAGCGUAUCCUUCAUGGAACGAGAAGCUUGUUAUGGAGUUACCCAUGGAUGCACGGUGUGUUUCUUUAGAAGUACAGACCAAGACUUCUUCAGGGAACAGAAGUAUUGGCUCUGCGAAGAUACCCGUAUCAGAUUUUAUCGGAGGGUAUGCACCAGAGAAUUAUUUGCACUUUUUGAGUUAUAGAUUAAGGGAUGCAAAGUGGGAGAAGAAUGGGAUAAUCAAUGUCUCAGUGAGAGUAAAGACGCCAGGAUACGCCAAGAGUUCGUCCAAGAAUAAAGGAUUGGAGAUGACAGGUUACUCAUCGUUUUCUUCGCAGGCUUCAAAUUUAAAGGUGCUUGGAACUGGGUCUUGUUCAAGGCAGUUUACAAGGCCGAAUGUGCAAGGAUAUGGAACUGGGUUUUGUUGUUCGUCGCAGACUACAGGGCCAAAUGUGCAGGGAUAUGCAUCGUUUUCAUCUCGGCCGCGGUUAGGAGUUCCUCCGGCUGGUGGCGUCGUGAUGGGUGUGCCCAUUUGGGGUACAAAUCAUGCAUAAAUAUUAUUUCAAACAUCAAUAUAUUCAAGGGACUUGAUGCCCAAGGAUUAAAUCAUCUUCAUUUGACAUUCUUUCAUAUCAUAAAGUGUGAUAUUUCUCCUCUUUUAUUCUUUUAUUAAUAUUAUAAAUAAAGUCUGCAAUUAAUAAUACUA